GUGUCUUCUAUAAACCCUUUUAUUAACCAAAACUCUCUCAAAGAGAAACACUCUCUGUUCUAUCAUGGCCACCACAGAUCAAGAAAAUCUACUCGCAGAUGAUUAUGAAGAAACGACGGCGUUUUGCGGGUGUGGGUAUUUCCGUAAAUUCAGUGUGAUCCGGUGGCGAAGAGGAGGAGACAGUGUCUGGAGCGGUAAUUUGCAAGAAGAGAGAGGAGAAAACUGGGGGAGCAGAAAACUGAAGGAGCUCAAGGAGAUUUCAGAGAAAAUCGCGGGACCAAAGUGGAAAAACUUUAUAAGAAGUUUUAGCAAUGGAAAGAAGAAGAUGAAGAGGGAUGUGGAUUUCAAUUACGAUCUCAAAAAUUACAGUCUUAACUUCGAUGACGGCGGCGAAAAUCCUUCACCGGAGAGGUUUGUAGCUCCGGUUGUUAUUAAAGUUUGAUACUUUUUUUUUUUCUUCUCAUUUCUCCUUUUGUAUUAUUUUUUUACUGAUCGUGUCAUUUUAUGUUAAUACGAACAUACACAAGGGGUUAUUAUAAUUUCGUAUCUAAUUAAGGUUCAACUUGAUGUUCGAUCGGUACCCGAAGUUAGAUAUCUAUAAAUGUGAUUGGUAAA